AUGGCACAGGAAAUGCCUCAUACAGUCCCGUCCAAUCUGGCUAUGUCGAGGUUAGCAUCUCUACUCGAUGCCGCGGCCGUUGCGGCGCAGGAUCAUCUCUGGUCGCUCCGCGAAGAUCCGAGACGUGUUUUGGCACGAGUUAUCGGCGGUGUUGUUGCUAAAUCUUAUUUCCGGCUUGAAAUGAUCGCAAAUCCCCCCGACAAAGAGCUUCCCGAGGACUACAUUGAUGCCCUGUUCAAGUUCCGGUACUUUGUCACUCGAACUGCCAAAGAACCACUUGCAAUCCUCAAGAUGAAUGUGGUCGCCUCAUCACCCUUUCGCCACCUUUUCGUCCACAAACCGCCAGACCAUCCCAGCUCGCCGGUGAUUCACGUGUGA